AUGGCAUUGGUAAAGUUCCGGUUGCUGCUGCUACAGCUGCUCCUACUCGCAUUGAGCCCAGGUCUGGUCGCCUUCAGCGGGCACGAGCUGCUCACCUGGCUGCAGCACAGCAAUCUCGGCUACCAGGUGCUGCAGCUGGCGUCCAAUAGCAGCAGCCGGCCGUCGGAGCUGCUCUGCGCCGACCAGGUGAGCCGGCUGCUACAGGCGGCGGAUGCGCAGGCGCUGCCCGCGCUGCAAGUGCUGGAUGCAUGGGGCAAGCUGCCGCAUGGCCUGCUCUAUGGCCACUUUAGUGAUUUGGGCAACUAUGAGUCCUGUCUGAGUCGCAGUGCGGCCGUAAUCCCGACCAAAUACUGCCUGGCGCACAUCGAAUUUGAGAGCCUGUGGCCGCCGGCUCUGGACAGGAUUAGCAUAAAUAUUGGCGCCUGUUUGCCGGCCAGCUGCAGUGCAGCACAGCUGAAUCGCUGGCUAAACAACUAUCUGCGGUUGCUAUUCGAGGAUGCAGUUGCUCCGGAGGCACAGCUGGUCGGCGAAUCCAACUGCGCCCUGGCCGCCAGCCAGCCCAUGUCCACGCUCGACUGGUUUGCCCUAGCUCUGCUCAUCUUUCUGGCCGUGCUGGUGUUACUGUGCACGCUCUUGGACUACUUCAAUG